AUGCAAGUCCUGAUUGCAGCACUGGGAUUUAAUCAAACGCAGCAGAGUUUUGGAAAUACCUCAGCGUCUCGUCAUCUUCUACGCGACACUGCAUUUCAAUCUGAGUCCUGCAUGGGAAGCGGAACGGGGAAGGAAAGGCCUAGCGAGAAGGAGGGUCUCCGUCAUGAUGAUCCCGUUGAGGGCUGA